CCGCACACAAACGGGAAUUUCUCAACGUUAAUCCAACAACCAGGCGGUGAUUUAUCCGGAAACUGAGCCGUGUGGGGGCAGAUUUAAUCGUUAACGUUAACGGGUCCGGUGUUUGGCUCCGUGGUGAAGCCCGGUUAAAGGAUUUAUUCGGAGGUUCCGGUGUUGAACGGCAGCAGGUUCAGUUCCUCUGAAAUGGUCUGUGUUAGCGGGGCUCUGCGGGGUCUCCGUCUCCUCACGAAUCAGAGGCAGCCGUCAGGAUGCAGAGCACCACCAACUACCUGUGGCUCAUCUCAGACCUGCUGGGUCAGGGAGCAACGGCCAACGUUUACCGGGGACGACACAAGAAAACAGGAGACCUGUACGCAGUCAAAGUGUUUAACAACCUGAGUUUUCUGAGGCCACUCGACGUCCAGAUGAGAGAGUUUGAGGUUCUGAAGAAACUCAACCACAAAAACAUCGUCAAACUCUUCGCUGUGGAGGAAGAGUCCAACACCCGUCAUAAGGUCCUGGUGAUGGAGUACUGUCCCUGUGGAAGUCUCUACACAGUCUUAGAGGAGUCGUCCAACGCGUACGGACUCCCAGAGGACGAGUUCCUCAUCGUUCUUCAUGAUGUGGUGGCAGGUAUGAACCACCUGAGAGAGUACGGGAUCGUUCAUCGGGACAUUAAACCGGGAAACAUCAUGAGGGUGAUCGGAGAGGACGGAUGCUCCGUCUACAAACUGACCGACUUCGGAGCAGCCAGAGAGCUGGAGGACGACGAGCAGUUCGUGUCUCUGUACGGCACCGAGGAAUACCUGCACCCGGACAUGUACGAGCGAGCCGUGCUGAGAAAAGACCACCAGAAGAAGUACGGAGCCACGGUGGACCUGUGGAGCAUCGGAGUCACCUUCUACCACGCCGCCACCGGCAGCCUCCCGUUCAGACCGUUCGAAGGUCCACGCAGGAACAAGGAAGUGAUGUAUAAAAUCAUCACGGAGAAACCGUCGGGGACCAUCUCUGGUCAUCAGAAGUGUGAGAACGGGAAGAUCGAGUGGAGCACUGAGAUGCCGGUGUCCUGCAGUUUGUCCAAGGGUCUUCAGAGCCUCCUGACUCCCGUGCUCGCCAACAUCCUGGAGGCUGAUCAGGAGAAAUGCUGGGGCUUCGAUCAGUUCUUCGCCGAGACCAACGACAUCCUGCACAGGACCGUGGUCUACGUGUUCAGUCUGCAGCAGGCCACUCUGCACCACGUCUACAUCCACGAAUACAACACGGCAGCGCUGUUCCAGGAGCUGUUGUCCCGCAGGACUAGCAUCCCUCUACACAACCAGGAGCUGCUUUACGAGGGCCGCCGCCUCGUCCUCGACCCCAACCGCCAGGCCAAGACCUUCCCCAAGACCUCCAGAGACAAUCCCAUCAUGCUCGUCAGCCGCGAGUCCGUCGCCACCGUUGGACUCAUCUUUGAAGACCCCAGUCCUCCUAAAGUUCAGCCUCGCUACGAUCUCGACCUGGACGCCAGCUACGCAAAGACUUUUGCAGGUGACGUUGGACAUUUAUGGAAGACCUCAGAGUCCCUGCUGCUUUAUCAGGAACUGGUGCGAAAAGGAGUCCGGGGUUUGAUUGAGCUGAUGAAGGAGGACUACAGCGAGAUUCAGCACAAGAAGUCCGAGGUUUUCCACCUGUGCAACUACUGCACUCAGAUACUGGAGAAGACUGAACAGCUGUUCGAGGUGCUGAUGCAGGCCAACGUGCUGUCGACCGAGUACGACGAGAUCUCAGACAUGCACAAGAAAGUUCUCAGAAUCUCAGGCUCGUUGGAGCCCAUCGAACGAACAACACAAGACAUCAAGAGUAAGUUUCUCCCGGGAGGCCUGCUGACCGACAGCUGGACACAACAAGUGGGAACGCACCCCAAGGACAGGAACGUGGAGAAGAUCAAAGUGCUGCUGGACGCCAUCACAGCCAUUUACCAGCAGUUUAAGAAGGACAAAGCAGAGAGACGUCUGCCCUACAACGAGGAGCAGAUCCACAAGUUCGACAAACAGAAGCUGGUCCUUCAUGCCAGUAAAGCCAGAGCUCUGUUCACCGAGGAGUGUGCCAUGAAAUACCGUCUGUUCAUCUCUAAGAGCGAGGAGUGGAUGAGGAAGGUUCAUCUUGUGAGGAAGCAGCUGCUCGGUCUGUCCAAUCAGCUGAUCAGCAUCGAGAAGGAGGUCACCGUGCUGAUGGAGAGAGCCAUCAAGCUGCAGGAACAGCUGCCUCAGAAGGUUCUUCCUCUGGUGUCCAGCGGGAUGAAGCCUCAGGCCUACCUGAGUCAGAACACGCUGGUGGAGAUGACGCUCGGGAUGAAGAAGCUGAAGGAGGAGAUGGAGGGAGUCGUCAAAGAGCUGGCAGAGAACAACCACUUCUUAGAGAGAUUUGGGACGUUGACUCUGGACGGAGGCUUGAGAGGAUGAGUCUGUACAUAUCCUGUGUCUUUACCUUGUAAAUAAUGCGAGUUUCUCUCAGACGUCGGUGUGACCCGUUACCGAACAUACGGCGACUCCGCAUCAGGACACGGCUUCGCUCGCUCCGCUCUCUGCAUCAAACGCUUUAAGAUAUUUUGACCUGAUCGUGGGCGAAGGAGCGCAGAGCUGUGAGCGCUCAGUCAUCAAACGGUCAUCACUCUAAAGGCCCUGAACUCAUCCUGAACUCAUUUACCCCUGAGAACACCUCAAACACCUGAGUCCAGGUCAGUCCAUGUCUCAUCUGGACACAUGUCUCACCUGGACUCAGGUGAGACAUGUGGCGGCUUGACACACGUUCAUUUGUCCUUUGACUCAACAAAACCUUUCUGACAUGAAACUUCAUUUAAGUCUUUUUUUUUUUUUUUUUUAAGGUUCAGGGAUUUUGGUUUAAUUAUGGCUCAGAAAUAUUUUCAUCUACAAACGAAUAAUUAGAUUUUAAUGGAUUUUGGACAAAUUUAAUGGAAACAUUAAUGGAUUUAAAUAUAUUCAGGAGCAUUUAAGUAUUUUUCAGAGAUAAAAACUCCUUAAAAUGUACCAAACGUUUCAGGUGCGCGUUAAUUUGCACCUUAAAUUUGGUUGAUUGUCACAGAUUAAUGUGUUGGGAUUUUUAAUGGCAGUUAAAUGUGUUUUUAACUCUCUUAGGCAUUCUAUUCUAUUCUAUUCUAUUCUAUUAAAAGUGACCAAUUAACAUUAAGGCCCUUUGAUUUUAUUCUUUGCCAACUCUUUAAAUUCUGGGAAAACUCAAUUUAAAUUCAACAGCCCACAGGUUUUGUGCAUUUAAAGGAUUUUUGGUCUAACUAACUAACUACUAACUCUAACAUGUUAGUCCCCGGAUGUAUUAGUAAAUCACAGUAAACCAAAAAAACUAAGAAAAAAAUUAAAUAAAAAUUUACUUAAUUUGUUCAUCCAGAGUUUUUCAAAUAGAUUUUAACAGUUUCGUUUUUCAAAUUAAAGGACAAAUGAAGGUUUGUGUAAUUACCACAGGUCCAGAUUUACAGUGUUUGUUGUGUUUUCAGGGCUGAAAUAAUGAUCAGAUAAACAGAAUGUAAACGUUGUAUAGUCACAGUGAUUGGACUGUAAGAAAUUAAAGGUUUGUUUUUUAUGAGUUUUCUACGACGAAGUUCAGAUUUAAAGGGUUAAAACCACUAAAAUGUUCUGUGUGAAUGAAUUUUCACCUUCAAUGCAAAACUAUGAAGGAAUGGCUCUGAAACUGUGCAGAUAAUCCUCCAACAUUAAUACACUUAUCUCACCUUAAUAUAUUACAAACCAUCAGUUCUCCCCUGCCUGUCUCUUCAGAAUUACAUGUUAAUGGUUAAACUGAUGGAAUUUGAAGGUAAAAAUCUGAGGGAUUAAGCUGAAAUGUGCUGAUUCUAUUACAUGUUUAUUUAUUGUUCUUUUAAGUCGAUCAAUAAUCAUUAUCAGUUCUUUUUCCUCUGUCUGGACGGUAAAUCGCUGGUCGUCUGUAGAAACAUGUAGAAAUUCUUCCCUGUCCGUGACUGAUGGACAGAAAGGAACCAGACGAAUCCCAACAUGUUCAACUUUGUUUUGUCAAUGAUCAGCAUUCAGACGCUCAGGCUGUUUGAAAAACCUGUAAAUAAAUAAAUAUCUCA